GUAGUGGUUAAAUUCUCUUUGGGGGCACGCGGGGACUACUUCAGUACUUCUAUAGUGUCAUUAUUCUAAGUAUAAUACGUUUCAAAGUUUCUUUUGUGAUAUUGUGAUAAAAUAAAACUAGAAAAGUUUUUGAUUAGAACAUAAAUGUAAAGUUAUUCAUAAUACAAUAUUUGUUCUGACUCCUGUGCCGUCGAAGAAAUUGAACUGCUUGAAAAACAGCUUCGGUUCACCGUUAUUAAUGUGUUGUGUGUGAAACAAAUGAAAAUACCCAACAAAUAUUGCAGAAUGCCAAACGAGAACGAAGGACCGUUGCCGGAAGGAUGGGAAAUGCGCAAAAGUCGAUCAACAGGAAUGGCGUAUUACCUCAACACGUACACCAAGAAGUCGCAGUGGGAGCGGCCGGACGCUCCCGCCGACCCCGGCGAGGUACGGUGCAGCCAUAUUCUGGUGAAACAUGCUGAGAGCCGCAGACCGUCUUCGUGGCGAGAGGAUAACAUCACUCGUACCAAGGAAGAAGCUUUGGAAAUUUUAAAGAACUAUCGGAAGCAAAUUCUUGCUGAAGAAGUCACUUUUGCAGAUAUUGCUUCGAAAUACUCGGAUUGCUCUUCAGCAAAGAGAGGUGGUGACCUUGGUAUGUUUGGUCGGGGACAAAUGCAGAAGCCAUUUGAAGAAGAGGCUUACAAACUUAAAGUUGGGCAACUGAGUAAACCUGUGGAGACAGACUCAGGAGUUCACAUCAUACUGAGAACUGCAUAAAUAUGGUUUUUUCUUGUAUUUAAUAAUAUCUUGACAUUUACUUAAGAUUCAUAUUAGAGUCACUAUAACAUGUAUUUGGUUAAUACUUAUGUAUACUACAUACUCACGUAGUAUUAUUAUCAAUGGCCACAGUUUAUCAGAUUCAGUAAAUAUUGUGAAGUUAUUGUAAUUCCUGUUGAGCUCACAAACUGCAGUAAGCUAAGGUUAGUUACAUGUUAACAGCCCCCUAUAAUAUAUACUGUGGCAUCAAAUCUAACAACUUGCUUACAAAAAUGUUACUGUAUUACUAAAUAUGUACUACUUAUUUACUAUUCAUACAUAUUAUACUCUCAAACUUGGAACUAUUCAACUUUAAAGUGGAAAUAUGUAAACUUUGAAGCCUCAAUACACACUAUCGAUAAGUCUCUUUUACUCAGUUAAUAAAUUGAAUAAAUGUCUAAAAACUUCA